GCUUCUUAUCAUUACUUGUAUUUCGAAUUAAUUUGGCCAGUCUGUUAAGUUAAUAACGAGAAUUGUACACAAUCAUGUUGAGCAUUCUUUAACGAUAGUUUAAUUAUCUGUGACCGUAGGCGGACCUUGAUUCUCAACGAAAGUCCACAAGAUUUGAAAUGUUUGAAUAAUGGUGUUAGUAUUGUGAAGGCUUUAAUGGUAAAAUAUGAAGAGCGAAACCGGCCAACUUAUAUUUCAGUCUUGUACAGAAUGGAAGCAGGUAGGGGUUCAAGUUAUAGUGAGAAAAAUAAAUCAAACAUGCGUGGAUAUGCACCGCUUCAAGGUGGCACUAACCUACCAAUGAAGACUAAAACCAGUUGUAGUAUGAAAUUCAUUGAUGUGGAUGGACAGCAAAACAUGACAGAACCUGAUACAGUAUCCCACCAGUGUGCUGGUAACAAGAUAUUGAGUAGAGGGCAGUCCUCUGCCCCAAAUUUCCCCACAGUAAGGAAUCCAAACAGUCAUCAUGAUGUCACAAAUACAAGAAACUCUGAACCAGGAGUGAGGCACAUUGGCCGUGUGGACAAGUCACUGGGUGGACAAGAUUCCUAUCAACAUGAUGCUACAAAAGUUCCAACAAUAGAACAACUUGAGCAUUUAACACCAACAAAGGAACUACUAUUGCAUUAUAGAAAAAAAAUUUUGCAACUGAAUAAUGAUUAUCAAGACCUGAUGGAGAAAGUAGAUCAAUGCCAAUCUAUAAGCAAUUUAAAUUUCCAAUCACAGAAAGAUUUAGAACGUCGUAAUUCUGAAGUAUCCAAAUUGCAGAAAACAGUCAGUGACCUUCAAGUUUAUAUGCAGCAGGAACGUGAACAAGUCCUGCGUUUAUACAGUGAAAAUGAUAGGUUGCAGAUACGUGCGGCAGAGGAUCACAAAAAAAUUGCAUUCCUGUUAUCACUGAAUCGUAUGACUGAACAUGAUGUAUUAUAUCUCUCAUCUCUUCCUCAGCACAGAAUUGUACCUCGGGUAGAACGAUCGCAAUUUAAUCACAAUGUAAGAGAUAUGAAUGGCAGAUUAAAACAAGGUACAAGUAACAAUUUAGCUGGUGUCAGUGGUCAUCUUGAUCCAAAAGGAGGCUGUGAAGAGGCCACCGCCCUCUCUGCUCAGUUGGAAGAACGUUUUAAGAUUCAUCGGAAUCAAGUGCUCUCGCUCUUAAAAGACAGAGAAAUUAGUUGGAAGGAAAGAAGUGUGGAACAAAAGAGACUUGGGGACCAAGUUUCUGUUCUUUCUGAAAGAUUAAAAGAUACCCAAGAUCAGUUGUGUGAUGUUACAAAAGAGCUGGUUAAAGUUAAAAAAGACAGUGGUAUUAACGAACUCAACUGGAUUACUGAAAAGAAUAGACUAUUACAGAAUUUGGAAUUAUGCCAAGAGAUAAUAGGAGAGUUUUAUCCUUCUGCAUCAGAAAGUGGCAAUGGUCUGAAACUGAAAUCCAGUCAACAACUUUGUGCACAGGUUGAUCAUUUAAAGGAUCAACUGAAGGAACGAGACAAUUUAGUUUCCAUGUAUCAAGAACAAUAUAUACAGUUAAAUGAAGAGGCUGCAAAGCUUAGAGAACAAUUGGACAUCAGCAAGAAAAUGUUCCGGGAACAAGUACAGAAAUUGGCAGGACAAGUGACAUACUUGAAAAAGAAGUACAAUGACCUAGAUCGUCGCAGGAAGUUGGAAGCAGAAGGUUUCUGCAGUGAUAUAAAAAUUUUAAGAGGACGCCUACAAGAUAUAGAGAAAAAUGUUAAGAAAUUUUUCCGCAAACAGGUGUCUCCUCAGGCGUCUUAUCCUACAAAUAAUGACCUUUUCUUAGCAGCCAGAGAAACAAGGACACAGUCACAACAACUUGAACGAGAGUUAAGGGACAUUAAGAGAAAAGUUGAAGAAAUUGAAACUAGUAUUAGAGAUUGUGCAGUAUAAGGAAUGACUGUACGGUUUUUAUUUCUUGUAAAACUACCGAUAAUUUUCUGUGCCUGACAUUGCUGUAUGAGAUAUAAUAUUACAAUUAAGCAGAAUUUAAUAUGAUAUAAUAAAGAUUUAUCUCAAAAUGUG